UAUCUUUCUGUCAAAAGUCAAAACCCGAAUAUACAUCCAUAUUUAAUUCUAAACACAUGGAUAGAAGUGCAAGAAGGUGCAAGGUGCAACUAGAACGAGCAGAUCUGUCAUCAGCUCAAUGAGCUCAAUCAGCUGUAACAGCACGUGCAUGUCUUGAGUGCUGAAAGCUGAAACCGGGCUAAAUAUUGUAGUGACGGUCAAAAUGCAGAGUUCACGUCCUUUUAUUACGUGCCUCCAAAUAUCCAGGUGUAUCAGCUCGUCCAGCGUGUGCUCGAAUAUCUACAGAGAAAGUAAAUUCAUGAAAAAGAUAAUCAGUGGAAGUCGUAAAUCGAAGAGAAAGUGGUACGACACAAACAUAGAUUUACGCAGUGUGAACAUCAAUCCGACCGAGCAGUUGCCUUGUCUGUCUACAAGGCGCAAAAUGAUGAUGCGAGACAAACUUUUCAUGGAGCAUAUAACAGACAUGAUGUCGAUGGGAGAAGUGUCCGAUAUUAUAAGAGGAAACUUGGAGAUUACUCACGUGAAAAUAACUCCAGAUUUUAAAUACGUCAAUGUGUUUUACAUACCUAAUAACGACGAUGCCACAAUUGAUCAAGAGGCGUUGCAGAAGUGUGCCAGGAUUAUCCGGCACGAGCUGUCGCAGCUUCGUGUUAUAGGCAUAGUGCCGCCUAUCCAGUUUGUUCAAAAUAAGCAAUAUUUUGCAGAGAAGGAAGUCGAGAGGAGAUUAGCGAUGAUAAAUUUCGAGGAGGAUAGCGACCCUUUGUGGUGCGACAAAGAAUUUGGCACUUCCGGUAUUAGUAGUAUCGAUCGGACUUCACAGGAAGAAUCGGUUGCAAAUCGCGAUUCUGAGGCAGAUGAAUUUUAUAUACGGUUGCCAGUGAUGAGACACGAUGUAUUAGGAUUGGAUCAUCACAAAAUCAUGUCCCAGAUUACCAGUUCAGUGUCUAAGGCGAAAAAGACCGCACAAAGGCGGAUGUUGGAUGCGAAUACUACGAAUGAAUGCGAUAAUAUAGAUAAAAGCCCUCGCGACCCAGUCUCAAAAGAAGUCGAGUUCCUAACCCGGGAAGAGCAACGAAAGAUCUUCUCUGAUUUUCUAAUCAAAAGACGAAGGGAAGAACAACGCAGACACAAGUUGAAACGAUCGGAUAAAGGGUUAAAUAAUUUUGACCAAGAAAUAGAUAAUGAAGACUCGGAUUACGAAGAUGAUGAUAUCGAGGCUUAUAUCGACGAUUUCGAGGAUGAGACGCGAAAAUGAUUUCAAAAUCAUU